UACAUUUCUGAAAAGAGGAAACCUGAACUACUCCUCUGGAAGCGUAAAGGAAUCGGAAGAGGGUAGCUGAAGCUAAACGUCCAAUAAAGCAAAAGAAAAAAAAUACUUGAAAUUUCAAUUCAACGAUGUAUCUUCCUCCUCUAGAGUCUUCACCAAAUCCCACCUCUUCCUCCUCUGUGAGAUGCGAAAAGAGGAUGAUGCUACAGAGAUGCGAAAGUGGGUUUAAGUUAAGGAAGCUGAAUGAUGCUGUUGAAGAAGACAUUGUCACGCAGAUGGAAUCAAACAUCACACAUGAGAACACUCUUGUUUCCGAACCAGAAGCAACUUUGGGGCCUCAAACAACUGAGCCCACAACUGAAGAAGAGACUCAAAGAUCGUCAGCCAAAUCACAGUUGUAUAAGUUCUGUAGUGUGAGGCAUUGGAAAGCACCAGUGUAUGAAUGUAUCGCUGAGGGUCCUUGCCAUAUGAUAUUAUUUACAGUCAAAGCUACGGUUGAAAUGAAGGAGGAUUCUCGGAUAACGGUUUUGGAGUGUUUUGGGGAUCCGCAGCACAAGAAGAAGAUCGCAGCUGAGCAAGCAGCAGAAGCAGCGCUUUGGUAUCUUAAGAAUGUGGGUCAUACCCUUCAAACAGAGAAAGCUUCUGGUCAUAAAGGGCAGAUCAAACCGAUAUCGAAGAUGAUGGGAACAGGUGAACCCGUGUAAUGAUCUUUGCCAGUUAGAAUCUGUUAAUGAACCCGAAUUAGCAUAAACUCUCUCGUGUAACAGAUGAGACUAUGUUGAUGUGUAUCUUUAAACAUCAGUUGUUAGUUGUUAGUUGUGAGUAUGGUUAUCAUUACUCUCUUUG